AUGCUCAAGAGCGGCAUCGCCCGUAGCUUGGGCAGGUCUGCCUUUGCUCGACCUUCAAUCGCCCGACGCGCCUUUGAACCUCUGCGACGACAAGCCGUUCCCGCCAUCGCACAAAGAUGGGCUUCCACCGACUCUGGCCGAGUGGGCAAGAUCCAUCAGGUCAUCGGUGCCGUUGUUGACGUCAAAUUCGACUCUGAGCAACUCCCUCCCAUUCUCAACGCCCUCGAAACCGAGAACAAUGGCAACAAGCUUGUCUUGGAGGUUGCGCAACAUUUGGGAGAGAAUGUCGUGAGAUGCAUUGCUAUGGAUGGUACCGAGGGUCUUGUCCGAGGUCGCAAAGCCACCGAUACUGGAGCUCCCAUCAGUAUCCCAGUCGGCCCUGGCACCUUGGGUCGUAUCAUGAACGUCACUGGUGAUCCAAUCGACGAGCGAGGUCCUAUCAAGGCGACCAAGCUCGCUCCUAUCCACGCCGAUGCCCCAGAGUUCGUUGAGCAAUCCACAUCCGCUGAAGUGCUUGUCACGGGUAUCAAAGUGGUCGAUCUCCUGGCUCCUUAUGCUCGUGGUGGAAAGAUUGGUCUUUUCGGUGGUGCUGGUGUCGGCAAGACCGUGUUUAUUCAAGAACUCAUUAACAACAUUGCAAAGGCUCAUGGUGGUUACUCCGUGUUCACUGGUGUCGGCGAGCGAACUCGUGAGGGUAACGACUUGUACCACGAAAUGCAGGAGACCUCUGUCAUUCAGCUCGAUGGCGAGUCCAAGGUCGCGCUGGUGUUUGGUCAAAUGAACGAACCUCCUGGUGCUCGUGCUCGUGUUGCUCUGACUGGUCUUACGGUGGCUGAGUUCUUCAGGGAUGAGGAGGGACAGGAUGUCUUGCUCUUCAUCGACAACAUUUUCCGAUUCACUCAAGCCGGUUCUGAGGUGUCUGCCUUGCUUGGUCGUAUUCCAUCUGCCGUCGGUUACCAACCCACACUCGCCGUCGACAUGGGUCUCAUGCAGGAACGUAUCACCACCACCCGGAAGGGAUCCAUCACAUCUGUGCAGGCCGUCUACGUGCCAGCCGAUGAUUUGACUGAUCCUGCUCCUGCCACCACUUUCGCCCAUUUGGACGCCACCACUGUGUUGUCCCGCGGUAUUUCCGAGUUGGGUAUCUACCCUGCCGUCGAUCCUCUGGAUUCCAAGUCCCGAAUGUUGGAUCCCCGAGUUGUCGGUCAAGAGCACUAUGAUACCGCAUCCCGUGUCCAGCAGAUGCUGCAAGAGUACAAGUCGCUGCAGGAUAUCAUCGCCAUUUUGGGCAUGGAUGAGUUGUCUGAGGCCGACAAGUUGACCGUCGAGCGUGCCCGAAAGAUCCAGAGAUUCUUGAGCCAGCCUUUCACCGUGGCUCAAGUCUUUACUGGUAUCGAGGGUAAGCUGGUCGAUCUUAAGGACACCAUCAGCUCUUUCCAGAAGAUCAUCAACGGCGAGGGUGAUGACCUGCCCGAAGGUGCUUUCUACAUGGUUGGCGACUUUGAGAGUGCACGCGCAAAGGGUGAGAAGAUUCUGGCUGAGCUCGAGAAGUCUUCAUAA